UCAUCAGCGGGCGCCGGGGAGGCGGCGAGCCCGCGGAGCUGCGGACCCGGUGGGUGCCUGCUCCGGCCUUCGGGUGUCCCCUUCGCUGCUGGGCGCUGCUGGCGUGCCCGCGGUGGGCAGGGACAGGCCGGAACCAGGCUCGUGGCCUUCGCUUCUGCGCGCCAGACCCGCGGACAGUGGAGGAGAACAUGGAUUCACAGAAGGACGUUCAGCCUCCAAAGCAGCAGCCAAUGAUUUAUAUUUGUGGAGAAUGUCAUACGGAAAAUGAAAUAAAGGCAAGAGAUCCUAUCAGAUGCAGAGAAUGUGGCUACAGAAUAAUGUACAAGAAAAGGACCAAAAGAUUGGUAGUUUUUGAUGCUCGAUGAUGUCUGCUGAAGAUAGUGACUUCAUGAUGUAAUCUUUCUGAUAACUUUGUUCUGUAAAACUGUUUGUGUGUAAUUGCACACUCUUAUUUGUGUUUUAAGAGAUUGAGAUAUUAAAGUUUACUGUAAUACUAAAUUUUGUCUAUAGUCUUCCAUCAAUAGAUUUCUAAAGCUUUUUAAAUUUGUUUAAAUUGUGGUCAAAGUAUUUUUUAAGUUUGGUGAUAUUUGUAUUCUUUUUGAGUUAUCUUUGUUUCCAUUACUCUCAUCUAAACUUUAUUUGCGUUUUAACUUUGCUAAAUGUUCUUUGGACUUCUGUGAACUGCAUGAAAUAACUGUGGUUUGAAUAACUUCUUCUGAAAAUAAAUAGGAAGCUACAGAACCUAGGUUUGAAACAGAUCUGGAUUUCAAAAAAGAAAAUCUUAAAGGACAUCAGAGCAUCCAAUUCUGGCACCCAGUUGUGGGCAUAUCAAAAGUAUGGAUGUCUGGAAGUGUGAAAAAAUAAUUUAUCCUGAAAGAAGAGGGAGAGGGAGGCAAGUUAAACAUUAAGAAGCAAUGUGGAAACAGAAAUUUCUUAAGUGCUGUUUGACUUGUUUGUAUUGAAUGUGCUAUGGUUUGAUGCUGUCACUGUGUUAGUGCUUUUAUGAAAAUGCACUUUCUCUAAAUAAAUGCUGUGAGAUGUGAUUAGCGACAGAGUAGAGCGGGUCUAAGUUUAAAAAUAAAGGGAAAAACUUUGUUAAGCUACUAUUAUUACUAAUAAAAGACACAGAGAAAUCAGAA